AUGGCGCAGGAGAAGGCCGUCGGCAAGUACUCGGCCUCUGCCGCCAAGCAGCAGAUCCCCGAAAUCGUUCUGACGGAGAUUGCGCAAACACUCAACAUCGACCGAGACAAGAUCCCCCUCUUCGACUCGUUUGUGGAGCUAGGAGGAAACAUCUCAUCUGCUUUCCAGCUCGAGGGGCGCCUGAAGCAGCUUGGUAUCGCCGUAUCCGCCGACGACGUCUUCCGAUGCAGAACCAUCGCCGAGCUGCAGACGCACGCCCGAUCCGUGGAACAGGUCCUCAGCCCGACGGCAGGAUAUAAUGGGCCUCCCGUCAUGCCGAUGGCCAUGCCCAUGGACACGAGGAGUAAUGGGUCCCCGGCGCAGGGACAGUCGGCAUCUUCGUCCAUUUACGGUUCGCAGUCAAUCUACGGCGGUGUUCCGUCAGUCUAUGCCCCGAAGGGAUUCCACGGCCCGUCAGCGUCAAUCUACAGCCUGCCGUCCGUAUAUGGAGCACUACCGGAGCAGAAGGCCCUCCAGGGGCCCGGCGAAUCGGCUCCAGCUAGGGAACCUGCCAAGGUGGUCGAGGAGGUUAUCGAAGAACCGAACCCAGCAGCAGCCACCAAUGACGGUGAGGCGACGGCAGAGGACCGACUCAUGCAAGAUCUGGAGGGAUUUCUCAGCAUGGCGGCAAGAGGAGACCACUACUGCCUUUUGAGGGUCGCAGCCGGCCCCUUUAAGAACAACCUGGUGGCCUUUGUGAGCAACAAAACGGAGCCCGUCAGCGAAGCAAAGGGCUUCUACCUUCCGGUGGCAGAUCAGCUCAAGGUGAUCGAGGAGCGCAUCAGGCGGAUCAGCAUGGCCCUUCGCGAGUGGGGAGCCGAGUCUCCAGCGCCAGAUCUAUGGAUUCCCGUGCACGCAAUGGUCCUCAAGAAGAACGGAAACCCGGCCCUGCGCGCGCUGCAGUGGUGGCUGCGGAACCUGGCGGACGCUGAGCAGGACCGCAUCCGCAACUUCCAGACGAUCCUGGGCCAGGCUGGGCCGAGCUCGGCUCCAGGUUCGCAGAGUAGCUCGAGACGGGCAAGUCCUCCGCAGAGCAUUGCGGCGGCGCCUGGGCAGAAGUCGGAUGGCCAGAGGAGCGUGCCACAUGCCGAAAACAGUGCAGAGCCAUCAUACAAAAACCGCCAGACUUACGCUCCACCAACGGGACCCCCACCACAGCAGCAGCGCCUGCCACCGCCCAAGCACCCGCUGCCCGGACCGUCAGCAUCGCAUACUCGCAACAAGUCCAGCUACCCGCCCGAGCUCGUCCUCCGCCACUCCGCCAUCAUCGAGGUGCCAGAGCCGACCCCGACGCCCAAGAAGCCCAAGUCGAUUCUGAAGCCGCCCAAGGCGUACCCGCUGCCCGAUGAGCCGGUGCCGGGACUGGCGCCUAACUUUGGCCUAGGGCUGGAGCAACCACUGGAGCCGCUGGAGCUCCCCGCCAGCCCCCCAGCCGAGGCACACGUCCAGCAGUAUCGCGAGCCGCCUCAGCAGCACGCGCGGCACUCCGUCUACCAGUCCAAGAAGAAGCUCGAUAGGAAGAGCUCUGUUCUGCUCCAGAACAGACUCUCCACCACCCGCCCGCUCAAGACAUUCUCCAUGUGGAUUGAGGAUGAGUCUGGCAUGGUUGAGGGCCAGGAGCUCAUGGCCGGUGAGAGCUUGGACAAUGUCGAGUUCUUUCCUCUGUCGGCCAUGCAGCAGCUAUUCUUCCGCACAUCCAUGAACCUGAAUCCCGACCCCAACUCCAUUACCACCUCGGGCUAUAAAUACAGCCAGAGCAUUCUUCUGGAGAUGAAGUCGAGCUCCAAGUCAAUCACCCCCCAAAAUGCCAUCACAGCUCUGGUUGACAGGCACUCUAUGCUCCGCUCCCGAUUCCGCCUCACUGCUGAAGGCUGGGCGCAGGUCAUCUUGUCAGAGUCCAACGUGGAUAUGUUCCGGUACAAGAGCCGUAAGAUUCGCAACGAGAAUGAUUUGGAUGCCAUCAUCGAGAGGGCAGUCCAGUCAAUCAACCCCAUUAUAGGUCCCAUUUUCUCUGCCGACUACAUCACCACCUCUGACCACAAGCAGUACCUCUUCUUGGUUGCGCAUCACUUGGCUGUCGAUCGUGCAUCCUGGCGCACUUUGGUAUCUGAUCUGGACGAACUUCUCCGUGAAGGAAUCGUCAUGUCUAACCCCUCCAUCCCCUUCUCCAACUGGAUCGAAUACCAGGGCUAUGAGUCCAGCCACAGGCUCACCCAGCCCACGCUUCCUUUCGAAGUGCUGCCGCCUAGUUUGGGAUACUGGGACCUAGACCUUUCCGACAACACGUACGGCAGAUCCAAGCAAUUCAGCUUCAGUCUCGACGCCGAGACCACUCGGAUACUGCAGGAAACCUGCGACAGCAUCUUCCGUACUGAGCCUGCCGAUGUCUUCUUAACUGCCUUGCUUCUUUCGUUCCGUCGAACCUUCCCAGACCGAGAUGUUCCUACAAUGUGGACUCAGGAGCACGGACGUGACUCGAGAAAUCCCGACUUCAACAUCGAUCAAACUGUCGGUUGGUUCACAUCGCUUUGCCCGGUCCAUCUCAAUGUAGACACUGGCGCCGAUGUGAUGGAGCUACUGAAGCUGAUGAAGGAUACCCGGAGACUGAUCCCCAACCUGGGCAUUGGUUUCUUCAACACUGAGUUCUUAACCCCAUCCCAGCCGUUCACGACGACUCCCGUGGAAAUCCUGUUCAACUGCGUCGAUACAUGGAACAGGAUCAGCUAUGAGGGCAGUCUCCUUCGGCCAGCCAGCGCCCCCGGACGACCUUUGGGAUCUGUCAACUCUGAUGUUGGUCAGGAUGUUGGCCGCCUUGCCCUUUACGAAUUUCAAGUCUCAAUUGAAGACAGUGGUACAAUCGUCGGUGUGCGAUAUGUGUCACCAAAGCGCCAGGACCGCAUCAUCCAAUGGCUACAAUCGUUUGAAUCUUGCGUGCAUGAAGCCAUUGGGAUGUUGAGUAACAUGGGGCCAACAUUGACUCGAGCGGAUGCGCCGCUGCUCAAUGUCACUUAUGAAGGCUUGUCAAAAUUGGCUAGCGAGCGGCUGGAACAGAUGGGACUCAAUGAUGUGGGAGAGAUCGAGACAAUCUGCCCUGUGAGCCCCAACCAGCAGGAAAUCCUCAUUAGCCAAGGUCAGGACCCUGACAGCUUCUAUUGUCAUUCCCUGUAUGAGCUCAACACACGCGACAGAAAGCCUGUGAGCCAGGAGAGGCUCUGUGCGGCCUGGACAACUGUGGUCGCAGCCCACUCAUCCAUGCGCAGUGUCUUUAUUGACAGCAUCUCAGAGGAUGGCCUCUUUGACCAAGUGGUGCUCAAGCGGGUUUCGCCAGAGAUGCUUUUCCUAGACAGCGACAGGCCAGUAGAGACUCUCGCUGCUCUACCUUCUAUGAAGGUAACUCCUGGCCAGCCCCGUCAUCGUUUGUCGGUGUGCAAGUCGAACCAGAGGACCUAUGUCAGGAUUGAUGCUAGCCAGGCGGUCAUUGACGCAACCUCCAUUGACAACAUCAUCACCAGAGUGAGAGAGUUAUUAUCUGGCGAGGAAGUCUCUGAAGACGGCCUUCUUCUCCAUACCUAUCUUUUUAACGCAACCACCAUGGAUCUAUCACACAGUCUCCACGAGUGGCGCUCUACCCUGGCACAUGUUCGACCUUGCACUUUCCCAGUUCUCAUGCGAAAACCUCCUUCCAAGGCUGAACGCCAGUCCAUUUUCCUGCCCUUGAAAGUGGAACGCCAUGACAUUCACACCUUCUGCAUAGCACGGGAGAUCCAACCAGCUUAUGUUCUUCAACUUGCAUGGGCACUUGUCCUGCGCGCAUACGUCGGAAUGGAUCAUGUUUCUUUUGGAUUCGAAGUCGCGGGCCGGGACGAGAACAACUUGCAUGGGAUGAAGAAAGCGAUCGGCAGUUUUGCUUCUCUCUUGCCCUGCACUGUUGAGCUGCUACCUCAGCGCAAGAUCAUCGAGUGCCUCAAGUCUUUUGCAGAAAUCGCAGCAAUCGCAAGACGGAAUGAUAACCCCAACAUGUCUGAGAUUCACCAUGCCACCGGGCUCACCUCUCAAGAUCUCUUCAACACGUGCCUGUCGCUCCGAGACUUUGAUAAUGCUCGUCACCACAAGCCCGAGCUUGACAGCACUAGCUUCAUGGCCAGCCUGAUGACUUCAUCCCGCAGCUCGGGCUGUGAUGUCUCCAUGUCUACCAUGUUUAUUGGUGAUAAUCUCCAUAUCGACUUUACAUUCAGGAGCAUGACUGUCGCACAGGCCGAGACAGUUGUGAACACUUUUGAGAAGGCUGUCAAACUCAUUCUUGAGGAUUCAAACCAAACUGUGGACAACGUUGAUCUUUUCACAGAGAGGGACCACUCACAACUUCUGGUGAAUGAAAUCGAAUUCAAGCCGCGGGAGGAGAAGACGAACAGCUGCCUCCAUACCCUCAUCUACCGCCAUGCGCAAACAAGGCCCAAUGCGCCAGCAAUUGCUGCAUGGGAUGGCCAUAUGACCUACCUUCAAAUGACGUACUGCGUAUCAACCCUGGCCACUCAUCUUCGAAACAUUGGUGUGGUCCCUGGUCUUGCCGUGCCUAUUGUACUGGAAAAGAGCCAGUGGGCACCAGUCAUCAUGCUCGCAGUCCUUAAGGCUGGUGGCAGCAUUAUCGCUCUCGACGCUCAGGACAAGGCAGCAGCAGAGUUUACAAUCAAGCAUCUUCAGCCACAGAUUGUUCUUGCUACCGACUCCGCCUUGAAUGAUUUGGUGUGCAUUGUGCCAAAUCUUGUCAUUGUUAAUGAACGAUUCUUCUCCAUUCUCCCUCCUCAGGUCUCAAUUCCUGCCCUCUCGGAGCCUACCCCUGAUCAUGGCGCUGUCAUAAUAUUUACCCCCGGAAAGGCGAGAGUCUCAGCUGUGAGAAGCCUGUUCUUCACACACGCUUCUCUCGCCUCGACUUUCAUGGCACAGGGCCCGGCACUUAGAAUGAGCAAGGACAGUCGUGUCUUGCAGCUCUCUUCUUUUAGCCAGGACAUUGCGCUUGUAGAAAUCCUGGGCACUAUGGUUCAUGGAGGCUGUGUUUGUAUCCCAUCUGGCAAGGAUCGCCUUGAGGACCUUGGUGGUGUGAUGGCCCGAAUGAACAUCACCUGGUCGUACAUGACGGCUACUCUCGCUCGCCGCCUCGAUCCUGCUUAUCUUCCUCGCCUGAAGACUCUCUGCUUCCGAACUAGGAAACUGGACGAUGACAUGUACAACUUCUGGGGAUCAAGCCGAAACAUUAUGUUGGCAUAUGGUGCAACCGAAAUCUGCCCUCUCGGCAUUUCUAUUGCUGAAGUUACUGGUUCCACUGACAGCUCUGUUAUCCCCCCGCCUCUCAUUGGAAAGUUUUGGAUUCUAAACCCUGAAGACUCCAAGAAGAUGAUGCCGAUAGGUGCUGUUGGCGAACUAGCCAUCGACUGUCCCCUCCUGACACCACAUACAUAUAUUCCUGACAAGACUGUUGUUGCUCCAGUUUCGCUCACCACGGAGAAGCCGAGCCGCAAUCGCUAUCUCAAGACUGGCCACCUUGUUCGUUAUCUUGAUGAUGGUAGCAUUCAAUUCAUAUCUUCAAUGUAUGAGGAGCAAACACUGGAUGGCUCUCAGCUCCCUGUCGGCGAGAUUGAGUAUCACCUUCGCCGCUACCUCGGUGGAAAAGUCGACGUUGUAGUUGAGUCUGUGGUCACUCGUGACGCAGUCCAAAUCCUGGCUGCAUUCCUGGAAGUCGGAUAUGACCUCGAGCACAAUACCAAAGAACUGGAGAAGCUGCGCACGAAGACACGCGAGAGGACACAACUGCUCAGAGCCCUUCAUGAAGGUUCGGCAAAGGGCAGUGGCAAGAUGAGAGCUAUCACUGCUGACCAAAUCCCGUCAACAUUCAUUCCCCUGAAGCAGUUCCCCAUGUCAACCUCGAUGAAGGUGAAUCGACGCAAGUUGGCUAAGAAAGUCUUGGGCAUGACCUACACUGAGUUGAUUGGAGUUUCAACGAACCCUGAUUCAGAAGAGGAGGACAAGCCUCUACCUCUUACACACGUUGAGGAGAGGAUGCGUCAUGUUUGGGCCAACGUGCUAGAUAUCCAGCCUUCCAAGAUCAAGAGCAAUGACAGCUUCAUUGGACUUGGCGGCGAUAGAUUCCUGGCUGGAAAGCUGGUUAUCCAGUGCAGAAAGUCACACCUCACAAUUUACCUUCUCGAUGUGCUUAGAGGUAAUACUUUGACUGAGAUUUGCCAGGCGAUCGCGACGUCGGAGAUCACCUUUAACGAGCGUGUUCAUUCCGAAAUCCGACCAGCCACGAUGACUGAGGGCGGCUUCAAUAUUCCAGGAUUUGAGGAGAAGUUCAUCAAAGAAAACAUCGCCCCGAAAAUGAGGGUUCGCCGUCACGACAUCUUGGACAUUACCGAGGCGUCGGCACAUCAAGUGCGGGCACUGGAAACCCGGAUGUACAGCAAGAAGGGUGGCAUGCAGUGCUUGAUCUUCAACUUCAAUGGCCCAAUCCGUGUCCAGAAGCUCCAGACCGCAUGUGAGACGCUGACCCAACUUCACCCAGCUUUCCGCACUGCGUUUGCCGUCCACAAUCGUGUUGUCUACCAGGUUCACCUUGGUAACUUUAGGCCCGAAUUCCAGCGUUAUCCUUGCCCAGCAUGGUGUCUUGAGAGUGUCACAGCCAACGUUGUUGCCGAAGACCAAGAUUCAACGUUCAGACCUGAAGAGCCUGUCACCAAGUUUACUUUCCUCGAUGCUGGAGCACAGAGCACCCUUAUCAUUCGCCUAAGUAGCUCGCAGAUCGACGAACAGGCAAUGUCGAUCUUGGUACAAGAUCUAGCUGCUCUGUACGAGGGCUCGGCCACUCUCUCAGACAAGUCCAACUUCUUCGACUACAUGAGAGCUGCCCAGGCUGUCAACAGCGAGGCCAGCGUUGAGUUUUGGAAGAACAAGUUGGAGAGCGCCCAGAUGACGCACUUUGUUGCUCACGAAAAGCCUUACCCGCCCGCCGGCGACAUCAUGUCCGUCUCCCAGACAAUCCAAGUCGACCCUGUUUCUGAGUUUGGUCUCAAUUUCAAUACCAUCCUGAAGGCUGCAUGGGCCAUCACGCUGGCUCAGUUCUCUGCGACUAGCGAUGUCGUCUUCGGUGAGGUCACCCAGGGUGCCAACAUUCCACUACCAGAUCGCUUCGAUAUGGCUACUUUGAUCGCGCCGACUACAAACAUUAUUCCAGUCCGCAUCCAGUUCUCCGUGGAUCAAUUGACGCCCCUUGAAUUCCUCCGCCCCAUCCAGGAGCAAAGAGUCACGAGCCGACCCCACGAAGGCCUCGGAAUCUUGGAGCUUGUCCAGCGCUGUACCGAUUGGCCUUACUGGACCAAUUUUAGUACGGUCGUGCAUCAUCGCCCCCAGGCACCAGUGGAUGGUUCAACUACCCUAAACAUGGGCGAUACGACGUUCACUCACACCAUCGCCAAAGCGGGCAUGCAAGAUAUCCCUGAUAUUCUUGUAGUCUCGACUAUGGACGGGCCUCAAACUGUCACCCUGGAAAUCAAGUACUCCGAGAGCCGAAUUCCUACCGACGUUGCAGAAGAUGUCCUACGGGUUCUCUUGUAUGCUGUUGAGUCAGUCACAAACUAUGAUACCAUUGAGACGCCGAUGAUCCAGUCCUCAUUUGACCUGCUGCACUCUCAAGCGAAGAUUCCAAUGAGCACACCAUGGCCCCUCCCCAGACCUGAUAAGUCAUAUCAGUCAUUGCCAAAUGAUGACCGCAAGAUCCUGCAGUCUCUCAUCUUCUCCGUGUGGACUGAGGUAUUGAACCCCCAGGCUCUCGGCGUUCCUAGCGAUCAUGUACACCGAGCAAACUUCUUUGACCUCUGGGGGUCAGUACUCCCUGCCCAGGCUAUGGCUGAGCGUCUCAACGACGAGUUCUCGAAACAACCCAUCAAGGGCUUGCACAGAGUAUACCUGUACGCAUGUGACAUCACUGAAAACCCAACCAUGUCUAUGCAGUAUGACUUCAUUGUAAAGAAACUUGCCGACGAAGGCAUUGUCUCUGGAAUCAUCAAGAAGAAGGGUCAUCUGAGCUGGGGCAGUAUCUCGGCAUCAGCGCUAUCUAGUCGCCAUAAGAGCGCCGGUUCGAUGAGCUCCGGUCCUUCGAGCCAUACUUCUGUCUCUGCUGCUCCCCCGCCUACACCUGGGCCUGUUCCUGGGCCUGGCCUUGGCUCUGUGCCCGCAUCUCCUGCUCCAUACGGUCCAGGAAAACCAACGAUUAGAGAUGCGGAAAACACAAAGUCGAUCCGCAAGACUCUGGGUGGCAAGCUUCGCGGCCUUCGCCAACACAAGCACAAGACCUCUGGGGGAAGCAUCGAGUCUCAUAAGAGCUCACUAGUCAUCAGCGAGCCUGUCGCGAUCGAGCUGCCUCCCCGCGCAGCUGAGAUCGCCAGGGGCGGAAGUGGUGCCAUCUCAACACCUUCGUUCGCUCCCCCACCUCAUGAUCUUCAACCACCGCCAGCCGGCCACCACGUGCCGUUCUCCCCGGCAGCUCCGUCACCUGCAUUUGGUCGCGAAUUCCCCCAGGAGAUGGCGGUGAGCCCGAUGAGUGCCAUGCCGCCCAAGAGGAGAAGCAUGGACUCGGACAACACCGACCCUACAAGUCCCGUCUCACCUCUCGGGCCGGCCUGGCUGGCCAACUAA